GUGGGAGAUCGCUCGUUACAGCGGUGGAACAUUUGGACUCGGUUCAAAGCUUCAUUGAGCAUUAAGAGCCUUGCAAUGUUUGGUGUUUCAACUUUGAGUACAGUGUAAAGAACGCCUUGAUUUCAGAAGCGUUGUUGUUGAACAUGCGGUAAAUUGGCUUUGAUGCAGUGUUUGUAUGCACUGACCCCUUUCAUUCAAACGGGAACAGACCAGGUGUGAAGAACUGCUGUCUAACGGGAUCCACGAAGACACGAUUCACGUAGUGUUUCACUCACAAAAGAAGUCGGAUACAGAUAUCGAUCAAGAUCGUCCAUCUGAACAGGUGCUUCGAGCCAGCAAGUGCUCUCGUCCACUCUCAUACUCCAGCGAGCGGUGUGCGGAGCGCAUUGGCUAUCUGGAAACGACGCUCGCCGUUAAAGAGUCUCCGUCGAGUCCAUUCUUGCCGCGGCAGUGCUGUAGAGUUGUCGCACCAACUGGAGGCACAGCGUCUGAUAUGAGAGCGGAUAUCGGAAAGGAGAUUUGAGGGCUCUCAUCUCUGGCUUCGUGUGUUUUUCUUAGUAGAAAGUGUUGCCUCUUUCCGGACUUGUACAGCCUGGCACGAGUCUUAAGUACUUCACGUUACCUUUGGAGACAUAUGUGACUGUUUGUCAUCAUCCUGUGGAUAUUUUCGUCGCCUCCCGCAGGCAAACUAUUAGUUUUGUGAUAUACUGUGCUAGGUGUUUCUGCUUGGAUUAACGUUCAACACCUGUGAAUCAAGGUAAUUUUGAUAUCAUUUCAUCAUAUGAAUAUUCAGUAAACAUUUCGUCUCCAGACUGACUUGAAUGUGCGUUGAGUUGUCAGGUUGCAUGUCAAAUAGGCGAACAUCGAACGAAUCUGCUAACGAUCCAAGACUUCGGUAAACGGUACGGGAGUUUAACGUUUCACGACGUUCAAGACACAGAUUAAAGAAUACCACCCUUGAAUUAUUACACAUUUCCUUGACAGACAUUCAGUCAGGAGCCUGCCAUUAAUUAACCAGUGAGAGAGUACGGUCACAAAGCCUUAUGUUCAAGUAAACUUGGAUAUUUACAGCUUGGGCUUCGAGUGUGUUCUGUUGCAAACAAUGUGAAGGGAAGCAAGUUUGCUUCGUGAUAACAUCGACGUCGAUGUGGUGGAGUAUUUCACGUUGCUGGAUAAUGGUCUUCGUUGUGGUCAGAAAUAGCACUGUCAGUGGUCAAGAUCAAGAUUAAGCACUUGCAAAACCUUCAUAAAACCUUCAUAAAACGUUAAGAAGACUGUGUGUGUAUAACGAUUUCAUAGGAAGGGCCAAGCGAUGGACUUCACAUAUUAACGUCAACGCCCCAACGUCAACGUCACCGCAGAAGGUUAUUGCCUCGUUCUGGUCUCGUGACGUCGCAACCUUGCCCAGCUCAACCGGGUACUUGCGUACAGCAUCGGGCGAAGCGAAAACCGGUCAAACUUGCAAGGGUGGCCACACUGUUUUCAGACUGACGUUUUUGUGGAAUAUUCUCUUUGGCAGUUUUUCAUGUUUAGUCGGAGUUGAAGUUGCGUUUACACAUUUAAAAACCAAAUGAGUGUCCGCCGAGUGUGUUUUUCAGAGGAACAAGUUAAACUAUUAUGAAAUAGAUACAGAGAUAUUAUUCAUGUGGAUGUACGAUAUUGGAGACAACGUGUGACUUCCCGGAGUUUUGGGUCACUGGAACUGUUCCACAGAUCCCGUGAAUUGAAACAUAAGAUGACUUCUGUUCGUGAAUGAGGACGAAGGAUUUCCCAGGACAUCAAUAUACUGAGUAUUAAUACUGAUUUGAUACUGUGAGUACUGACGGAAAACAUCCCUCUGAAGGAGAUUAAUAACUAUUUCGGCGUGUCUGACUUACCCACAUUUCCGCGGGACCAAAUAUUGACCACAGGUUUGUUGAACUAAUUUCUCAGCCAGAGCUUAGGAUCUGGUAACGGCGAAGUGAGCCGCUUGUAGAAUUAGCCCUCUGUUCGCCUUUAGUCGACGCCAUCAUGAUAUGAUAAAAGUGAUGAUUGACAAUAUAUCGGCAGAUUCCAAGAUGGCGACAACUGACAUGUCUACCACGUUGAAUUCAACAUGGCAUUCAACACCCCCACCAAUGAUGAAGAAAUACCUAUUUCUACCAAUGAUGUUCCCGGGGCAAUACUCGGUUCCGAUAAAUGGCUACAUCUCGCCGAUUCUCGUAUUCUUGACAAUAAUUAACAACACCUUAGUGUGCGUUGUCCUCUUGAAGCGACAUAUGCGAUCUCCCACCAACGUGCUUCUUGCAGCAAUGGCGAUCUCUGACAUGUUGACAGGUGUGUUUCCAGUUCCAAUCUUUAUCUACUUUUUUGGGACAGAACGUUUUCGAGAAAUUGUACCGUACGAAUGGUGCUUCGCAUAUAAAUACUUAUCGGAAUAUAUACCCAUCAUUUUCCACACUGCAUCAAUCUGGCUCACGAUGGCUCUUGCCAUACAAAGGUAUAUCUACGUAUGUCAUUCGUUCCGAGCAAGAACGUGGUGUACGAUACCAAACGUGAUCCGAGGGACAGUUGUUAUAUAUUUCAUCGCCAUACUUAGUCAGCUUUGUAGGUUCUUCGAAGAGGAGAUAACUCCGAUUGCGCUUCCUUCCGAACUCCACCCAAACCAGACUGUGAUUGGCUGCGAAUUUGGCCACCGGAAGUGGGUUGCCGGGAAAUUAGAUAUAUAUUAUAACAUCUAUUUUGGAUUUCGGGUGAUUUUCAUCCAUUUAGUUCCGUGUAUUUCCCUCGUCGUUAUGAACGCGUUGUUGAUUUACGCCAUGCGUUGUGCGCAACGUCGGCGUAUGCAAUUAUUACGCCAGAACAAAAAAAGCGAGUCAAAAAAGUUGAAAGAUAGUAAUUGCACGACGUUGAUGCUUGUAGCUGUCGUUGGGCUGUUCCUUCUUGUGGAAUUCCCCCUCGGUAUACUUAUGAUUAUCAUGAUCGUGGAAAAUACGUUCCACUUUUCAAUCAUCGAGAGGGAGACGAUGAACAUCCUGUCCCUCAUGUCCAACUUCUUCAUCCUCCUUAGUUAUCCCCUGAACUUCUUUAUUUACUGCGGAAUGAGCAAGCAGUUCAGGGAGACAUUUAAACGCCUGUUCACUGGAGGCCAAGUUCAGCUGGACCGAGACUACUCCCAGUACAUGACCUUGCCGACGGAAAAUGGUAAAACGGCCGUUACUGGUGACGAAACCGCACUUUAAUUGAAAGUGGCCUAAUUUACGGUUAUUACUGAAAGAAAUUGUCGAUGUAGUUCCGGAGUGAAUGGAAGGCUGCAGGCCGACGCCCCUGAUUGGCGUGACGUUCACAAAGACGACGACGUGUGUUUUCACGGAAUAAUCGCCAGAACAUCAAAGGGCUUUCUGUUUGUUAUGGAAAUAUUUUUUUUUGAAACUGGAAUGACCUGUGUCCCCCUUGCCAACUGACCAGGAACACAAUGGACCAUGUUUUACAGAGGGAUACCGCCGUACCUGCUUGUUUUUUCCUAACGCUACGAGUGUUGACAGAGGCAUUGGUAUGACUGCACUAAUAUGGACAAAUCUAAGUUUUGUACGCUUUUUCUUUGCACAUCACCCCGUGACAUGCUUCAAAGGUGACAUAUAUAUUGUAGCGCGUGUUUGAUUCUUUUUCCUGCUCUGUUGCCAUGACUACAAAUUUCAUAACAUCACCCGGAAACAUAUUCAUUGUGCCAAUCAGAAGACAUACAUGAACCUUAGCUUCUGUAGUCGUCAAGUGUAGACUAGUUAAGCAGUGGAAAAUAGCAGGCUGAUUUAUCUCCCUUUGGUACAGCCUUGACCCCUCUGUACCUGAAAGCGAGGCCAGUAUGGCGCCUAUUUAUCAGCCUGAUAUUAAACUGUUUUGAUAGUCUCCUCGUUGUAUAUUCUCAUGAAAUCACCACACAGUAACCACAGACUUAUCUUUCAUGAUCAGUAUUAUUUGAUAGUUAUGAAAGUGUUUCAUAUGAAAGCAUAUUAUAUAUCUACAGACAGGUGUCUUUCUGGCCAGAGUGUAUACACAUAUAUUAAAUAUAUUAUAUAUCUAUAUCUAUACAUAUGUGUGCCCGUCUACUUUUCCUGCUGCAUGUCGUCCUGCGAAUAAACUAUUUAAACGUU